AUGUAUCGUUUGAAUAUAUCUAUCCUUUUAGCAUCACUGCUUUAUACCGUCGGGAUUAUUGCUAGCCAAGGUUCCGCCGCUGAUGUCGCCGGUCUGACGAAAGAGGCCGCAAGAGCGAACAACGAGUCUCUACUAUGGGGGCCCUAUAAGCCUAACCUCUAUUUUGGGGUCCGGCCUCGAAUUGCCAACAGUUUGUUUUCGGGAUUGCUUUGGGCCAAAGUGGAUGAUUUCGCUACUGCCCAGCAGAAUUUCAGACACACAUGCGAACAAAAUGAGGGCAUGGCCGGUUAUGGCUGGGACGAAUACGAUAUUCGAAAGGGUGGUCGCCAGACGAUCCACGACGCCGAAAACUCCCUGGAUUUGACAAUCGACUUUAUCAAGGUUCCUGGUGGACAGCAGGGAGGCAACUGGGGUGCUCGGAUUAAGGGUGUUCCUCGCGAGGGUGCCUCGGAGGACCAGCCAACUUCAUUGGUCUUUUACACUGCUCUAGAGGGGUUGGGUAACCUGGAAGUUACCACCGAAUCCGAGGCUCUUGGUUUCGAUGGUGAUGUGAAACUGGCAGGUUUCACACCAGACCUUGGAGACUUUUCAAUUGAUGUGACUGCUGGUCCAGAGAGCAAUGAGCAUCCUGAGCAUGACCACCCAAGUUAUCAGGAUAAGCCACUGCACCGCACUUUGGUCUCCAGUUCUACUAUUCCAGCGGAGCACCUUUGGCAGACAAAAGUCAUCCUUUUCUCUCAAAUGAAGAAUGAAGUCAGCGAGUGCAUCCAGAAGUACGGGGCUGAGAACCCCCCACCUCCUUCGCAGGUUUUUACCAUCAAACAUAUUCCAGGUGAAGGUAAUAUUCAUAUGGUGCAAAAGGUCUUCAAGGGCGCUUUUGAGUUUGAUGUCAUCUUCUCUUCUGGAUCCUCGCCACAACCCUUGACUUCCGAGACCCUUACCAAAGAGAUUACCACCACUUCCAUGUCAUUCUCUAACCGCUUUGACAACAUUCUCGCUCCCAAGGCCCCUUUCAACAAUGCGGAGUACUCCAAGUUUUCCAAGGCGAUGCUUUCGAAUCUGGUCGGUGGUAUUGGAUUUUUCCACGGCGACGACAUCGUCGAUCGCUCUGCAGCACCGGAGUAUGAUGAGGAGAAUGAAGGUUUCUGGGAAGAGACAGCAGAGGCAAGAGCCCGAGCCCAGCCUGUUCUUGAAGGACCAAAGGACCUAUUUACUUCCGUUCCCUCUCGUCCAUUCUUCCCCAGAGGAUUCCUGUGGGAUGAAGGUUUCCACCUAAUUCCCAUCGUGGACUGGGAUAUCGAUCUUGCACUCGAGAUUGUGAAAAGCUGGUUUAAUCUGAUGGAUGAAGAUGGUUGGAUUGCUCGUGAGCAAAUCCUGGGUUCAGAGGCCCGCAGCAAAGUGCCACCUGAGUUCACCAUCCAGUAUCCUCACUAUGCCAAUCCGCCAACUCUUUUCCUGAUCUUGGAAGCUUUUAUGGAUAAAGUGAAGGCAAACCAGGCGGCUUCGUUGGACCAAUAUUCUGAUCAAGAUAUUGCCCAAAACGUUGGGUCUAUCUAUGUGCAACACCCAGAGUUGGGCGAUGCAUUCAUCCGUUCCUUCUACCCAUUGCUCAAGAAACACUACUUCUGGUACAGGAAUACCCAGGGAGGUGACAUCAAGUCUUAUGACCGGGAGGCAUUCUCUACCAGAGAAGCUUACCGCUGGCGUGGACGCUCCGUCCAGCAUAUCUUGACAUCUGGCUUGGACGAUUACCCUCGAGCACAGCCCCCUCACCCCGGUGAAUUGCACGUGGAUCUGAUCAGUUGGAUGGGAAUGAUGACUCGUUCUCUUCGCCGUAUUGCUGAAAAUCUUGGAGAAGUUGAAGAUGUUGAAGAGUUCAAGGUUUACGAAACGGCGAUUGAGCGAAACAUCGACGAUCUCCAUUGGGACGAGCAGGCGCAGACAUAUUGCGAUGCGACCAUUGAUGAGUACGAAGAGAGUGUCCAUGUCUGCCAUAAGGGAUACAUUUCCAUCAUGCCCUUCCUCACCGGCAUGGUGGGCCCUAACCACCCUCAUCUUAAGCCUAUCUUGGAUUUGAUCAGCGAUCCAGAAGAGCUAUGGAGCGACUACGGUAUUCGCAGCCUGAGCAAGAAAGACGAGUUCUACGGCACUGCUGAGAACUAUUGGAGAAGCCCUGUGUGGAUCAACAUCAACUACAUGGUCGUGAAAAACCUCUACGACACCGCAACCACAUCUGGCCCUCACCAAGACCAGGCCCGUGAAAUCUAUUCUCGACUGCGCAAGAACUUGGUUGAGAAUGUCUUCAAAGAAUGGAAGGAAACCGGUUUUGCCUGGGAACAGUACAACCCUGAAACUGGCAAGGGACAGCGGACGCAACACUUCACUGGCUGGACUAGUAUGGUCGUUAAGAUGAUGUCUAUGCCCGACCUGGCCAACGAAAAGAAGGGCCAUGACGAGUUGUAA